AAGUCCAGUUCAUCAGCCUUCUCAAGUUUACUCAACUUUCAGAAAGCAUCAGCUGCUAAUACACCUGAAAGAUCUUGUCCUAAGACAUUGUGUGUGAAGAUGAUGUCUGCAAAAGACAUGGUUAAAGUAACGAUCGUCAUGCUUGCCAUCUGUUUGUUUGCAAAAUCAGAUGGGAAAUCUAUUAAGAAGAGAUCUGUGAGUGAAAUACAGCUUAUGAGUAACUUGCGUCAACAUCUGCACUCAAAGGAAAGGUUGGAAUGGCUGUGGAAGAAGCUGAAGGAUGUGAAUAAAUUUGUUAACCUCGGAAAUUCUACAGCUCACAGACAGGGUGGUUCCCAGAGAUCCCAAAAACAGGAAGACAAUGUUCCAAUUGAGAGGCAUCAAAAAAGUCUUGGAGAAGUAGACAAAGCUGAUGUGGAUGUAUUAAUUAGAGCUAAAUCUCAAUGA